GGUGCCUUGUACAGGUACUCAUCUUGACCAGACCGUCAGUUAGCGACAAGUAGGUUAUCUGCCUUGUUGCCUAGGACUUCUCUAAUCGUUUUACGCUAUGCAUGCCAAAUAAUGCAACCGUACCCGCAAAGCGAGGUCAAAAGCCUAGCGCGAAAGGCUGCAAGCAAGCGCUCGAGUUACGUCGAGAGCCUUUCAAGACAUUUGAAGCGAUCGGGUCUUGGGAUAGGACAAUAUGCAUAUGGAGGCUUGAGGAUGGCGCGGAAAUGAUGAAGUGGGAUGUGGAGAAGAACAUCAGCUCACUUGUGAUCUCGCAAAACAGGAAACAUAUUACCGCCGAGGGACUGUUCCAAAGUGCUGAUGAUAUCCAUACGGAGUGUUGGAAACUUUGGGUGCGUGAUGCUGAAAGUGGAAAGGUUGUCGCAGGUCCCUUGGACGUUCAUACCAACGUCGUGCGUGGUUUGGAUGUUUCCCCUGAUGGCAAAAUCCUGGCCAGCGGGUCGUGGGACCACCCAGUGAUUUCAUGGGAUACCAGCUCCUGGCAGAGGAAAGGCGGUCCUAUCUGUUACUUAUACGUCCUUGACGUCUAGUUUUCCCUGUCUGGUCAACUCGGUGUUGCUAAUGAAGAAGAUAACCAAAUAUGGGACUUGGAGCGAAGAACUCCUGAUGGUGUCCAUCUCCUCUCAGCAGGUA